AUGGCCUCGACAUCUUCCACCACCAACCUUCACAACCCGACUCCCGCCCAACAAGAAUUUCAGGACCUACUUGACAAGAACACCGACAAGGGCGAACGUGUACACCCUGAGGACAGAAGAGACAACCGGAGCGACCGAGACGAUAGCGAGCAGGACGAGGAGGACCAGUACCGCCACGACCAGAUCAACGCAGCCAUGCGCGCACCCAACCUCAGAGGCGACGUCAACCUGCCGUCCACCGCCUUUGACGCCGUCCACAGCACCGGCGUCAAGGGUGUCAUCGCCGACGCCCGCGCCUACGAAGAAGCUCGCCAGGGCAAGUGGCGGAACCGCGUUAGAGCCGCGCGCCGCUCCGUCUUUGGUCUGGGCGACGUAGCUAAGGUCUCCGACACGCAGAGCAACGGCGACAGCGACGAGGACCUCGAUCAGGACGAAGAGGCCUUCCUAAGACAAUGGCGCGAGAACCGCCGACAGGAGCUAGAGAAGGAGGCAAGGAACGGCAUCCGCACCCGCAGGACAAGUCCCAGUCUGCGCAUGUUCGGCCGCAUGGACACGGUCGACGCUCUGGGAUACCUGGAUGCCAUCGAAAAGGUCGGCAGGGAGACGGUAGUAGUAGUCUUUGUCUACGACCACGAGUGUGAAGUGUCGCAUCUGAUUGAGCAGGCAAUGCGGCCGCUUGUCACGGCCCACCCCCACGUGCACUUCGUCAAGGUCCACUACGAGGAUAUCGAGUUUGACAACGCCGCGGUGCCUACGAUCCUAGCCUACCGGAACCAGGGCGACCUAUUCGCCAACAUGACGGGCGUCAUCGAGAUGAUACCCGAAGACGAGGACUUCGACACGGCGGCGUUAUCGAAGCUGCUAAAGCAGAAGGACGUCUUCUGA